CACCCUUUGAACAAGUAACAUAUAUCCCCGCCGGCGCCGGCGCCGAGCUCCCUGUAACAGGGGCUGCGCCACCAUGUCAGGCGACCACGAGGCCCAGGAGGAGGAACACCCACUUCCACCGCCACCGCCGCCGAAAACGCCGCUUCUACCGCCACCCACGGCGUCGUCGUUGUACAAACAGAACACGUGGUCGCCGGAGACUUUCCGCGACGAGGUGUGGCAGCGCCGGAAAGAGAACCACGGGAAACACCUGAAGCGGCGCAGCAAAAGCGUCACCGAUGAAGAUCUCAACGAGCUCAAGGCGUGUAUAGAACUCGGGUUCGGGUUCGACUCGCCGGAAAUGGACCAACGCCUCUCCGAGACUUUCCCGGCCUACAGCCUUUUCUACUCCGUCAACAAGCACCUCAACGACACCGUUUCAAAGACCGCCACCGCCUCCGAUUGCGACACCGCCUCCUCCGUGGGCAGCCCCGACACCAUGUUUGGCCCUGGAGAACGGCCAGAGAUUGUGAAGACGAGGUUGAAGCGAUGGGCACAAGUGGUUGCCUGUUCUCUGCGUCAUUCUUCCAACUAAUGUACGGUGAUGAUGAUGAGGAUGAUGAAGACGAUGAAUGAUCAGUACAGUGUAACAAAGACAACAGGUUUUUUGUUUUGUUUUUUUCCAUAAUGUUUGUGUUACAAGUUGAUGAUGAUGACGAUGAUUUGCCAUGUCUUUUCUUAUGCUCUAUAUUGUGUUCUUAUUCCUUUUUAAAGAAAUUGGUUCUUGAAAUUUA